AACAGUCGUAGUGCAGUCGCAGUGUCGUACGCUCGCUCGGUGCAGCCCAUGUGCCUCUGGGUGAUGACCCACCACCACAGCGCAGCGUUUGGCGCUCAGCAGCAUGGCUUGAUAUGAUAUGACCGAGCUCAACUCAGCUGUCUUGCUUGGGAAUCCAGUUCAUUCCACAAGAAGGCGUAGGCACCAAGCUGCUCGAGCGGCCAACAGUCUAGUGCGGUUGUUCGAGCGUGCAGCACACUUGUUUUGGUUACACGGUUGGUGGUUGAAAACUGUUUGUUUCGUUGAUUAUUCCAUUUCGGAAUGCAGGCCGACAUCAAUCAGAUGUUUGCCGAGCACGAUAUCGUUCCGGUGUUGAUCGAUGAUGCCCCACUGGUGUUCGCGAAGGUUGCAUAUCGUUCGAAGUUGCUGGUAGACGCUGGAAAGGAGCUAACCCCUGCCGAAGUCCGUGAUGCUCCCAAGGUCGAAUGGGAUGCCGAUCCGGUGGUGUUUUACACGCUGGUGAUGAUCGACCCGGAUUCACCGAGCAGGACAGAGCCACUGAACCGGGAGUUUGCCCACUGGAUGGUUGGCAACAUUCCAGGAAAACACGUCGAGCAGGGUGAAGUCUUGUUCGAGUACAUUCCGGCCUUCCCUCGGUCCGGAACCGGCUUCCAUCGGUAUAUUUUCCUGCUCUAUCGGCAGAACUGCCGCAACGAUUACUCCGGGGCACCUCGAGCCUCCAGAAAGAACCGAACGCCCAGGCUGCGAUUCUCGACACGUGAGUUCGCGCAGCAUUACAGCUUGGGUCGGCCGAUUGCGGGCAACUUUUUCGUCGCCCAGUUCGAUGAGUACGUCCCGUACAUACUUCGGCAGUAUCCCAAAUCGGACGACUACUGACCGGAACGAGAGAGCGACACAGCCGUCGUUUUCUUUUGUGAGAAAGGAAGGUCGUUCCGCUCGUGUACGACGGAAAGCAAGGCAGGAAACAUGAGCUCUCUAUGGUUCAGAUUUUGUUUACGUUUGACGUGUUUAUUGUGGUUUGAGUUUCUGCUUUAUAGGCUGUGAUGACAGAGCGAUAGGGCUGCGACGAUUAGUUUAAGUGCGUGAUGAGGAAGUGUCUUCAUCGUGAUUAGAGAGGCGAUCAGCUGCAGGGCAGAUGAUAAUCGCUAACAAUCUUAUCAUUUUAGUGACAAACAAACGGACGGACGUGUGGUUCAUAGUCAAUGGGUGCGUGUACGGAAAAAUGGCAAUUCCUGAUUUAUUGGCGCUUUGUUGUUUCGGAAUGAAUUUGAUGUUGUGAAAUGCCGUAAAAAUGAUUGCAGAAUAAAGUACCAUCUGUUUUAUUUUACCAAUGCCGAAAA